AUGACUGUGACUGACCCUUUGAGCUCCUCGGUUGGGAUUCCCCUUUUAUCUGAUGAUGCCACUCAAUAUCGCAGUGUGGUUGGUGGUCUGCAAUAUCUCACUGUGACUAGACCAGAUUUGUCUUAUGCAGUUAACAGGGUUUGUCAGCUCCUCCAUGAACCUAGAGAUACUCAUUGGGCUGUGGUCAAGAGGAUUCUGCGCUAUGUUCAGUUGACAGUCUCUCAAGGACUCAAUUUGUGUCCUUCUCCUGCCAGAUUGUUGUCUGCCUUUUCUGAUGCAGAUUGGGCAGGAGAUUCUGAUGAUCGGCGAUCAACGGGGGGCUAUGCUAUCUUCUUUGGUGGUAAUUUGAUCGCCUGGAGUGCAAGAAAACAAGCCACUGUUUCUCGAUCAAGUACUGAGUCUGAAUAUAAAGCGCUUGCCAAUGCCACAGCUGAGAUAAUUUGGAAGCCGGAUGACGAGGCCAUGUUGCCUGCUGCUGGAAGCCGCUCCCUGGUCUCCAGCCUUGCCAGGUCAUUGACAGCCACACAAUGA